UUUUAUUGAAUUUCCUCAAAAGGCACUUUCUUGUUUGCGUUCAAGCAUAUUCUAACAAGCACGUUGCCUUUCACUGCCAUUGUCAUGCUUCACCCUGAAAAACAGAGAACGUAAAACAUUGAAGUGACAUUUCAUUUGUACACGUCAUUAAAAUGUGCGACUAUUUGAGUGAGAAUUGGCAUUUUUAUUAGACGACAAAAUGAAUUUGAUGUUUUGCAACACCCUAUAUUUCCAUUAUUCUCUAUGGGAAAUUCUGCUUUGAAGUCUGAACAAAUCAGAGGAAUGGAUCGCGUUUGAAUUGAAGCGGGUCCAUUGUGUUGCAUUGUUUAGCAUGGGCACCACUUUGCAUUUGGGAUGAAGCGUCCUUGUACGAUACAGUGCGUCUUGAAAGCGCAACUCUGCUAUUGCAACAUUUGGUUUGGUAUUACUUACCCUCUAUUCUUUGUGUUUACAGAGCUAUGCUUAUUAGAGAAGAUGGCUACAACAUAGAGACAGUUUUCUUACGGUCUAUCAAAUGCAAUGUAUAACGCAUGGUGACAUUGACUUGCAAAUUACAAUCACCCCCACAUGUCAAGUACCUGAUUUGGAAAAUAUGAGUUCAGGCAAUGAACGUUGUAGUUUAGCAUCUGACCGGAGUCGCUGGGCCUUGUGUGCAUAAGCUACCAUAAGCUACGUUUAAUACUUUGGAGUGGUUUUGGACCUGACGUUCUCUUCCUCGUUUGAGAGGUACACGGGUGGUCACGGUCGCACUGUUGUUAAACAUUUAAGAAUUGAAAUCCAUAACAUCAGUUACCACUAUAGAGCAUGAGAAGACGAAAGACACGUCUCAUCACUAGUGCUGUUUUUUUGAGAGACGUUGUUGACAAAACUGACUGUUGUAGAAAGGCCAAUUGCUGAGUUGUUUUCUAUCUUUCCAGAUAGAAACCAGUCAAUUCUUUUUGUCUGGAUCUGACAAGUCUUGAUAUACUUUUAGAGUGGAUAUAAAACGUCUACUCACCCUAGUUCAAAUGCCAGGUUUUUGUCAUGUAAAAAGGGAGACCAAAGUAAUCCUUUUCAAACCUUUCCCACCAUUAUUGUGUUCUAACCUACACUAUACAACUUAAUUUGAAAACAAAAAAUGAACUGCUUUGCCACAAACAACUGCGAUAUUGUGGAUGCACAAGUGUGCACACCCUCUUAGAACUGGGGAUGAGGCUGUGUUCUGAAUGAACCAAUCACAUUUAAACUCAUGUCAAAUUAGAGUCAGGACACACCUACCGGAAUUUAAAAUGUGUCUGAUUAACCCCCAACACAAUUCAGCUCCACAACAGUCCUCCUAAUCCUAUGAACGUGUGAUUUUUGAUGCCCAAAUCAAGGUACAUUUUCAUCUUUGUCAGGACCAAAGAAAAUCUCGUCUCAAUUGAAAACUUCAAAAACAAGGCGGUAAAGGGAUUUCCCAACAACGUCACUGGGAAAAAAAACAAGGAUUACCUUGCGUUAAACAAUGAGAAAACACUAUUUAGUGCACCUCCCUUAAAUCCAAGUGCCGGAUAUCCGGCACAGCGAAAUGGAAAGAAAAUGGCGGCUGGUUUUCUAGAUUUAGUAACAUACCUAGCAGAGGUGAGAAUAUGUCACCUAUGUGCAAGUCCCAAACAAGUCUCAAGCAAUAACCUUCAAGUCUCAAGCAAGUCCCACAUCACUAUGGGGAAACAAAAUCAAGGAAGUCAAGUCGAGUCGCCACUAAAUUUCAAGCAAAUCCAGUCAAGUCAAAUAUCUCUCUUUCUUUCAAAACAUGGCAAACUGUUUUAAUUGAAAUUUAAUUUCCAACUCUAAACGAGAUGACUUGUCAAGUCAUGUAGUUGAAGUCAAAGUCAAAGUCAAGUCUCUUGGCUACCAAGUCUAAAGUCAAGUGUUAAGAAUUUGAGAAGCAAUUCGCCAAUCAUAAAACUGGCAACCCCCCAUCUCUUGAUAACUAGAUUAUGUGAAAAGCAUGAAAUGCGAGCAUCAGUACAAUUUGCCAGCGCUCCCGCGACCCUUGUGAGGAUAAGCGGCUCAGAUAAUGGAUGGAUGGAUGGAUGGAGGGAUGGAGGGAUGGAUGUUGCCAAAAGCAUGUACAUGCCGCUACAUAUGUGCUAAUGCUGCGUAGCAAACUCGCUGGAAAUAGCUCUCAUGUAGUACAGCCACACAGGAAAAAGACAGGUUCGAUGGGCAAUGGAAAAGGGCUCAAGUCUUUCCCGAAUUAUCCAGGACCAUCUCUCAUGAUGGAGUCACUUGGACAACGUUGGUGUCUAGGGGAGUAACGAUUCGUCUAUCCAUUUAUUUUCUUAUUAGGGUCCCCAGUGAGGAUAUCCCAGCUAUCUUCAGGCGCGAGGCGGGGUACACUCUGAACUGGUCGCCAGCCAAUUUGAACCCCAGUUCCCAGAACUGUGAGGCAGGUGUGCUAACCAGUCGUCCACCGUGCAGGCGUAACGAUUCGUUCGAUCAACAAUUCAAUUCGCAUCACAAUUUGUGACGUGUGAUUUGUGUCAACCGUCGAGACCUUCAAGUUCCUGGGAAUUACAGUCUCUCAGUGCCUGAAGUGGGCGACCAACAUCAACUCGGUCCUUAAAAAGGCCCAGCAGAGGAUGGACUUCCUGCGGCUUCUGAGAAAGCACGGCCUGCCACAGGAGCUGCUGAGGCAGUUCUACACAGCGGCCAUCGAAUCGGUCCUGCGUUCUUCCGUCACAGUCUGGUUUGGUGUUGCUACAAAAAAGAACAAACUCCGACUGCGACAGACAAUCAAAACUGCUGAAAGGAUUGUCGGUACCCCCCUGCCCACCCUUGAGGACUUGCACGCUGCCAGAACUAAGACAAGAGCGUGCCAAAUCCUCUCGGACCCUCCGCAUCCCGGUCACCGGCUCUUUCCCUCAGGCCUGUUUCUGCUGAUGCCUGUUCUGAUGGCACCAACACCACCAAGCAUGUGUACUCCUUUGAGGACGCUCGAUGACAAUCUGAGCCACAGGCGACGAUACAUGAAACACAACUUCCCUGUCAACUACACCAUCAAGGUUCAUCGCGAGGAAGUUUUUAAACUAUCAAACAUCAGCAGAAUGAGGUUAAACGUGGACAACUUAGAAGAGUUUCAUUUCCAGAGGAUGUGGUUCCUUGUUAACCACGGCGUGUUAAAAAGGAUAAUCCGAGUGAUGCCAGAGAGACAUCCUUCGCGUCCCUACACCGCAGAGUUGGAGAAACGCCUCCAAGACGCAGAGGGAGUCUUCGUGCAGUCCCAUCCUCCGGAGGUGUUCCAGCAGGAGCUUCCAGAUGCAGUCCAGGACAUUUGGGAUGGUUUAACAGAAGAGUCAGACAGAGUGCCAGAGUCCAGCUGGAGGUUUGCUUCUCCAAAAUCCCUUUUGGACAAUUUCUGCCACACGAUGUACUGCCUCUUCAGGGAAUGCUUUGCCACCCCAGAAACACUGGACUACUUGGAUACCUCCCAUUGUCAGAAAGGCAGGAAGAAAGCCUUAAGGGCAAACAGCUGAGAGGAGGCUAUAGCGGGGGGAGGUCAUGCUAAAUAGGUAUUAUUUCCCUUGACCUUGAGGGAGCUCGAAAGACAAUCCAUGUCGUCAGCCAAAGCCUGCUGGAUGAUAUGCUACAUAUCGUUUGGCCCUAAUAUCUCCUCAAAGAGAUUUGCUCAUUUUGAUGUGUAUCAAACUCAAUGCAUGAUCCAUGAUGUGACUUAAAUUAUUUGCUAAGCUGGGGUCUUUUUGGAAUGGAAGAUGUGCCGGACGCUGCCUGAUCCGCAGCGAAUGGUUAACUUGACCUCUGGAGGACGAGGCUUUCACCAGCCAUCUGCCUUGAAAAGACCGCUACGUGCUCUUGUGUGUGCCUGCCUGGUUCAUCGCAGAUAUCUUGAUAAAAAUGUGCCUCACAUUGGAGUUACGAUAACUUAAGUAAAUAAACCACUGGACAACCACACAAGAAUACUCUGCUUAGCAACGCCACCUUCAGUGACUGCAAGUCUGUGGACAACAUCUCUAAAGACAGCCUUCGAAUUUUCUCUCCCUCCGUUCUGCUGUCAAUAGAAGCACAUUUGGCUAUACAUUAUGCUUUUAUCAUACUUUACAGAUUUUCCUCCGUGUGUUAUCCAUGGACUAUUUGAUUUUGAACAUUUGCUGUGCAUGAAGAGACUUGGGCACAGAUGAAGAAUAAUAGUUAUAAAUAUGUCCAGCUUUCAUGUUUUACCCUGCACUCGCUUUGCAUUCGAAGAAGCUUGACCGAUAAGAGUGCAAAAAUGGCAUAACAAGACAGAUUCUACACGGAUUUAUUGCCAGUGUUCAAGCCAAUGUUGCAUUUUUGAAAUAUAUAUGUCACGUAUAUCAAUGUGCACUGGUAAUCCAAGUGCUUUUUAAGAACUUCUUUAAAUGAAUCAUCAUGCCAAAACUGUAUUAGACAAACAUAAAAACACACCAUAUUGCUUUUCAUUUAUUUUAACUUAUGGAAUAAAAACAGUAUUCUCAUUUUUUCCUGUUUAAUUCAUAGACUAUUGAUGCUGAAAAAAUAUAUAUAUAUUCCAACUUAAAAGAAUUCAAAGUGUAAAAAUAAAAGUAGAAUGUGAUAUUGAGAAAAAGCAGGGCACGUCAAUUACACUGCAAAGUAUGUCGGUUUGUUGAACACUUACUGGUACACCGCAGCGGAAUACUUUCAUCAGUAUUCAGCUGAACCUAAGAAGCCUAUGAAUAAUAACAUAUCAAAUAGAAAUUGCUUCUGUCUCAUAUUAAUAUGUUGAAUAUAUGACCUUUCCUUUGCGACACCCUAGAGGAGAUGAGAGUUUUCAGUCUGAGAUAAUGCUAGUAGAAUGAAGUUGUGUGCAUGUUCAAAGAAACAUGUUACAAGAAUCAGAAGGACACCAGAAGAGUUUAUAAAGAUUUAUUCCAAUUGUGUCCAUCCAUCCAUCCAUUUUCCGAGCCGCUUCUCCUCACUCGGGUCGCGGUCGCGCCGGAGCCUAUCCCAGCUGUCAUCGGGCAGGAGGCGGGGUACAGCCUGAACUGAGCAAAUAGCUGCAAUAUAAAAAAAGAGUACAAAAUUUAAGGGGGUCCCAACACUUUCUGUACCCACAGCGUAUAUAUGAAGCCAUCGUCUGAAGAUAGAGAGCAGCAGCGUUGAUAUCACUGGUUAAAAUUACAAUUUUAGUUAGGAAUAUUAAGCCUGUUUUUUUUUUUUUUGUGUAAAAUGACAAUGCUAUUCUUGUAAUAUUUUUACUUACUUUUUUUCCUAGUAACUUCAUUCUCCUAACAUGACUUUAUUCCCAUAAUUUACAACCGUAUUCAUGUAACAUUUCACAUUAUGAGUUUAUUUCAGCAUUGAGCCAGCGACUUGGAAAAUGUCGUGAACUCACCUACAAGUUAUUCUACAGUAAAUGAAGAAGCUGCCUACCACAGAAAUGUAGCAUUGUAAGCUACAAUAAAGUAACUCAAGUUGCAUCAGUUUUUCGUUUUGUUUAACAUAGCAAAAACUUCUGCUGAAGUCAUUACUAUCUCGUGAUCAAUGAAACUCCGAGACAGGCAGAUCAGAUGAGUUUUAUGAAACUGAGUAUUGUUUAUUAAACUUUCUCUCUUGACAAACCCUCACAACGGGCCAUAUUUUCACGUUUGUGCAUAACAAUGCAACUCUCUUCUCUUCAAAGGAUGACUUUUCCCUUGUCAAAUUAGAACUUAAUUCUCACAACAAUAUGCCCCUUGUCUCAUCCAUCCAUCCAUUUUCUGUACCGCUUCUCCUCACUAGGGUCACGCGCGUGCCGGAGCCUAUCCCAGCUAUCUUCGGGCGAGAGGCGGGGUACGCCCUGAACUGGUCGCCAGCCAAUCGCAGGGCCCGUAGAAACAAACGACCAUUCGCACUCGCAUUCCCACCCUAUGGGCAAUUUAGAGUCUUCAAUUAACCUGCCACACAUGUUUUUGGGAUGUGGGAGGAGAAAACCCACGCAGGCACGGGGAGAACAUGCAAAGUCCACACAGGCGAGGUUUGUCGUGACAGUGCAAAUUAUCAUUCCCAAAAACUUUGAAUGUAAAUCUUCACAUGGUAAGGACUUGGAGCCCCCCAACCAUCCAUUUUCUGUACCGCUUAUCCACACGAGGGUCACGGACGAGGCAACUAAUAUAAAUCAUAAACUGGGCCGAGCCAUUGUAACUGGGCCAAUGUCAUCAAGCUCGGAUUAAUAGAUGAUCAAUAGAUGAAUUUAUCUUUGCCUAGUCGCAUCAAAGGUCACAGUAUGUUUGCUGUAUUAGACCUUUAUAGAAAUAACACAAGACAUACAUUUGAGUGUCAGUUUCAGGAAGUUUCAUUUUGAUGUGGGGUAUUCACUCUUUUAGAUGCUGACUUGCUGGUUUAGUCAGUUGGUGGUGUCCUUCUCUUAUUUUUCUGUAGUUUCAUAGAAAUGUUUAAAGUUGGUGUAACAAUAGUUGAUUGGAGCAACAAAUACUGGAAAGUACAAUACUCUCCUUGAAUGCAUAUUUAAAAAAAAAAAAACCCUCGAUGAUUUUUUUGUGGGAAAAAAAGGUCAAACGUUUUUCAAAUAUUCAGAAUUGGCAUACAGUGGAAAAAGCAUUGAAAGUGCAAUGUGUAUAAUUACAUAAGGGUGUGUAAACCUCAGGUACUUUUACCAUGCAUGUCAUAAAGACACAUACAGUAUUUAUUUGUAAAGGCUCACCGAAGGCUUACUUAUUUCCAGUUAGCAAUCCGAACCUACUUUCAUAUUUAAUGUGUGUUGAAGCCUGAAAGUCAGAGGUGUGUCAGAAAAGUACUAUGGCUGGUGUCACAGAAGAUAUAUUGAAAACCCAAACUACGAGUUUUCUUCUUCAACGGGGGCCAGACGUUCAACCAGAAAAUGGCUCUAUGUGAUACCCCACCUCCACCUUUUUUUUUUUAAGCUCACGUAGGUCUUUAAAACAGGUUCAGUUUGAAAGAUUUGGAUGACAUCAAGAUGGCAGAGCUGCAGAGGAUCCAGGAAGAAUCCUUCCAUCAGUGCAUGACGGUGCAGUAGAGAAGGCUGCGAGUGCAUGAGAAACCAGGGGGAUCACUUCCAAGGGCAAAACCUGUCGUUAGGAUUUGAAAUAUAUAUUUUGUGACACCGGGGUGAGAAGCUCGGUCAUCCGGGAGGAUCUCAGAGUAGAGCCGCUGCUCCUUCACAUCGAGAGGAGCCAGACGAGGCGGCCGGGGCAUCUGAUGCGGAUACCUCCCGGACGCCUCCCCGGUGAGGUGUUCCGGGCACGUCCCACCGGGAGGAGACCCCGGGGACGACCCGGGACACGCCGGAGAAACUAUAUCCUUCGGCUGGCCCGGGAACGCCUCGGGAUUCCCCCGGAAGGGCUGGAUGAAGUGGCUGGGGAGAGGGAAGUCUGGGCGUCCCUGCUAAAGCUACUGCCCCCGCGACCCGACCUGGGUUAAGCGGUAGAAAAUGGGUGGAUGGAUUUUGUGACACCGGUCCUGGAACUUUCCUGACACAAUGUGUCAGUUAUUCCAUUGACAUGGAGUGAUGGUCAUUGAUCAUAUUUGGGAUCUGAAACCAAUUCAGUGACACUUUCCAUAUGUUCGAUGGGGUUCAACGCUGCAGAGAAAUGUGUACCAUGAUAUAAUAUAGUAAUUGCUGAAUUGCGCGUAUUUGCAUUUCUCUUUGCUCACACAAUGAAGCAAAUGUAAUGAUACAUGUUUGUAACAACAUGAACAUUUUAAAAGUGCAUCCCCCAAAACAGAUUGUCAACAUGAAGUGCUAUGUGCAACCGCUGAAUGACAAAGCACAACAGAAAGAUGAGUGCAAAUACGUUGAUUCUUGCUGUCUGGUUUGAACAGAGAUCUUUUUUUUUUUUUUUUUUUUAUACACAGGAUACUGAAUAUAUUUAUUUUUGAAAAUGUAUAAUGCUACUGUAUGGGACUACUUUUAUGAAAGAAGUAUAAUAAAAUUGCAAUUUUAUCUGUAGUGCUCUGA